AUUGCAUAAAAGAUUUGAGUUUCUACAGAGUCGAAAUAAUUUUACUUCCUCCUUGAAAAAAAUGAAGAAAAUAGGACAUAAACAUUACAACUAUAUUAGGAUAUGCAAUGAAUAUUCUCUAAUAAUCCUAUUUACUAACAGCUUGAAAUCAGUCAUCGAACGAUACAACGCCUUGAAGGAGGAACAAGAGCAGCUGAUGAAUCCUGCAUCAGAAGUCAAGGUAGAGUUCUGAAGUACUCUUCAUUUUCUCUGCUAUCUCAUGCGUAUCUGUCAUCAGUUUGUGACUCAAAGUUCUGGGUUUCCUUCUCUUUACUACCACAUUUGAGAACCAGCAUGCUUUAAAAUUUAAAUAUCACAUACACCAAGGAAGACAAUAGAAGAUUCAAAAUAAUAGGUCUUUUCUUAAUCUCCAAGCAUUUUUAGAGAACCCUUUUCAAACAACUAAAUAGUAGCAUGCAUUCUUUAUAUAGCAAGUUAGCAGGGGUUUGACAUUAGCAAGCAAGAAACCAUAAACCACAUACUUAACCCGCUGAUUCUCAGUAGUGGAAGAUUCCAAUAAAUGCAGCACCCGGUCUUCCAUAAGCUAGUACAUGGUUAAAAAGAUCAAUGAAUUUUACAAUAUGAAGCCAAAAUGUAAGAUGUCAUACAAAUUUACAUAUGAUUUCCCUCUGUUUUAUUAUGUUUGCUUCCGCAUUUCUCACUUCAUUUGCACAAAAAUUAAAUAACAUGCCAUAGUUCAACAUAAAAUCAAAUUGAGCAGUGCAUGAGUUAAGUUAUGAUUUAUGACCAUAGAAAGAGACCUAAUGCAUAUUUUGCAGCGUGUACCUAAUGCACUUCAUCAUCAUCAUCAUCAAUUCAUUUGAAAAGGACACCACCAACCGGAAAAGAACACCUAGCAUGUGAUGGUUUUAAUAAUACCUUUGAAACUCUACUCAGAAACCUGAUUAUAUAGCAGCACCUAACGUUUGAAAUGAGAAAUGAUCCCAGUAGCACAUAAGCAGUUUUCACAGGCAUUUCAUCAUUAUCUCAAUUGAAAGGACACCACCAACCAGAAACGAACACCUAGCAUGUAACAGUUUUAGUAAUACCUUUGAAUCUAUACUUAGAAACCUGAUUAUAUAGCAGCACCCAACGUCUGAAAUGAAAAAUGAUCUCCAUU